AUGGAGGCCCAGCCAUCACCGAUCAAGGCCACGCCAGGCCGUCGCCGUCACCCCCGAGGCGGCAAGCCAGCGCCCCUCAAGGCCUAUGCGUCAGAGAACGAUGCCGCAUCCUACGCAGCCUCAUCACAGCACCACCACCACAGGGCACCGCAGACUCCCAAGAAGAUCUUCUCCGCGUCCCCUGCGCCGGCCGAGCGCCAGAACAACCAGUCCAGCUCCAAGCCGCGCAACAAUCGCAACAACAAGCCCAAGGGCAAAAACGACGCCUCGUCGCCCAACUACCAUCUCAGCAACAACCACAACCAGUCUCCCUCUCGCACAUCUCCGCCAAAGUCAAUCUCCAGCACGGCCUUUGCCGGCGCUACUUUCCACGCUUCGCCCGCCCCUGCGGAUCUCCCAAUCCCUAGCUUUCUCAAGUCAGCCAGCGACUCGCCAGCGGUCCGCCAGCCAAGGGGCUUCAUCUCCCAGCCCUCUCCCCCGGCUACGGACUCGGAGCUGCCUACGCCACAGAGGCCGGUUUCUGCCUCUCAAUACCGAGAAUCGCCGCUCGAUUUCAUGUUCCGGGCUCAUCGAGAGGAAAAGGCCCGCCAGGAACUCGACGGAACGCCCGUUGCCGCACCGCCCCUGGUUGGCGCCAUGUCUCCCCCACGCCGUUUGGAUGCUCCCCUCACGCCAUCAGCGUCUGACCUUGCGCACAAUCGUCGCAUGUAUAAUCGACAGACGUACAACGGCAAUGAAAUCUACGAGCUGGAUGGCCCCGGAGGCCAGCCGUUGGGCCCGCCAUUCUCGACUCCCUACCAGGAUCGGAUCCAAUCUGCGCGCAACCAUGCCUCCCACCCGCCUCCUGCUUUCGGGAACCCUCUGCCCACUCCAGUUAGCAACGCCCCUAGUCAAGACCCGACUGAAGCUCUCAAGCGAUUUCUCUUUACUCCCCAGUCGGCUGCGCCAACGGCUCCGUCGUCUGUCGCCAACAACUCGCUGCCUCCUCGCCAUGCCCCAGCCUAUUCCAACAGCCAGACGGAUGGUCCUGGGUACGAAAGCGCAGGCAGCAUCCAAGCCAUGGAAAAUGAUCUUCGACGAAUCUUGAAGCUGGAUUUGGCAGUUGACCGCCCGCCUACGGAACGCAGGCUCUUCACCCACUAG